UUUUCCAUUCAAUCUCUUUUUCACUCUUUCAAUUGUACGGAAAAGCUUAUUCUUCUUCUUCUUCUCUGAGUGCUCAUCUUUGUACUCCCUGAUCCAACCAAAAAUCUCAACUUUCUUCAACAAUUCACCUCUACAAAUUCUGGGUUGUGCCUAUUUUCUCAAACUAAAUUUAGUAACCGAUGUCAACACAACGUUCUCAUGUUCCAAAGUUUGGCAAUUGGGAAGGUGAAAAUGAUGUUCCUUACACAGCUUAUUUUGACAAAGCCCGGAAAACUCGACCUGGCUCCAAAAUGAUUAAUCCAAAUGACCCUGAGGAAAAUUCAGAUUUAGUUCUUCAAAGUUCAUCUUCUGCUGACGAAAUUCCUCCAAAACCAAGAGUUCAUUCAGAGAAUCUAUCUGAAAAAGGAUCAGUGAAAUCAACACAUGAUGAGUUACAAAAUGGUGAUCUUAAGCAAUUUGUUAACUCGCCGGCUCGUCACGACAAUUUAAACAAGAGUGCUGGUGAUUCUGUGCUUCGUCCUGGAGGCCAUGGAGUAGCUUCUGCUGAUAACCGCAGAAGACCUUCAAGACAAAGUACUGCUGGCUCGGAGUACAGUGUCGAACGUUCACCUCUUCAUCGCCAGGCUAAAACCCCUGGCAGAGAUAGUCCUUCUUGGGAAGGAAAGAGCUCAUAUGAAGGAAGUCAUGGUACACCAGGAAGAUCUCGAUUGAGAUCAGUCAAUCGAGAAGAUGAAAAUCCUGAUAAAAGUGCCGCUGUUCCAAAGUUUGGUGAUUGGGAUGAGAGUGACCCUGCAUCAGCUGAUGGCUACACUCACAUUUUCGACAAAGUGCGUGAGGAGAAACAUGUUGCGGCUGGAAAUGCGCCAGGCACACCCAACGGGAGAUCAUAUGUUAUCCGAAACCAACCUGCGAAUGACAAAGCUCAGGGUUGCUGCUUUUUCUGGAGCAGAAAAUGAUUAUAGAAAGUGCGAUUUAUAUUCAGAGAAGAUAAGAUUAGUGUUUUGAAUGGUCAUGAGGCGUGUACGACUACCACACCUAUAAUUAACUCCUUUAUUAUGAGGGGUGUACUUUAAAGGGUAAAGUGCGGAAUUAUAACGGUCAACCAUUGAGAUUUUAACAAUUUGAUAGUUUAUUAUGGAAAUGUUCGUAUUUCAUUGCAGUCUAAACCAUUGAUCUUUAAUCAAUGGUUUUAACCCGCAAUUCACUCUUCAAAGUGGACGUCUCAGUUUAGAGGAUCUAAAUUCUACCCGUUUAUAUGUAAAUAUUAAAGGUUCUCUUUGCCUGUGGUGAAACUUUGCCAAAGUGCCUUUGUCUUGAAUUUGUGUCUUCUGUGUUUCUUCCUUUCAUUUGAAAAGUAAGCGUUUUGCACGCAAGAUUGUGAUAUUUUGUAUAAGUAACUUCCACGCUUUAAAUUCAAUUUAUCUGUAUUUAGCAGAGAUCUAUA